GCACUCGAUGGGAUCCACGCGAGCCAGAGCCCACACAGUUAGAAGGACAGAGCCUGCUUGCUUGGAGAAAACAAAUCGUUCGAGACGUACAGCUGCUGCGAGAAGAGCUCCAGGACGAGCAAGGAAUCCAGGACCUGUCCGACGAAUUCCAGUUCGGAUUCAAGGUGCUUGGACCGUUGCCGACAGGCACAAACUGGGACGUGCGACAGGUUGCAAGUCCAGCAAGACAAAAGGUUCGCAGAGCUGAUGACUGGAGACAGAAGAGAUCCGGUCACAACAGCACAGUCUUUGUACUGGACGCCCGGCCGUACGCCGGGACACAGACAGUACUCACGUCAGUCCAGGCCGCCGCUGAGUACGGCGCUCCAGUGCUUGCGGCUCUUGACCACGACGGAGCUUACAGGGCCCUUCCCGUCAGAAGCCCAGACGAAUGCUUUGUGCUCGUCCCGUCCGAUGAGGGACCUCAGGUGUUCCAACACCUCGUUCUCCCUUUCGGAGGAACGGGGAGCGUGUGGGCCUACUUGCGUGUGGCGGAUGUCAUUUGCUUUAACACGUUAGUGCUGGCAUACAUACCCGCCGCACACUUUGUGGACGACUUUUAUUUUAGCGAGCCGCCUAAGACCGCUGAGUCAGCCUUUGACUGCUUCUGCAUGCUGCAGUCCUUGUUAGGCUUCACCAUGAAAGAAAGCAAAGCCCAGAAACCCUGCGACAAGUCCACCCUGUUAGGAGUUCUUUGGGCAAUUCUCGAGAAGACCGUCACUGCAGGACCCAGUCAGGGACGCCUCGAGAAACUGCAAGCCUUGCUACAGAAGACCCUGUCAGAAGGUAGCUUGAGUCCCGAGGAGGCUGCACACCUGGCAGGUAAGCUGAACUUCGUCUGCUCUUGGGUCUUUGGAGGAGCGGGAAAAGCGUUGCUCAAAUGCAUAUACACCUGCCAGCACUCUCCCUUUCCCCAGAAGAAGCUCAACGCAGCUCUGGAAGUUGUAGUCAGUCAGCAGCCAGGACAGAAGUGGGCGUACCGAACCAUGAUCCCCAAACACCUGUUGGCCAGAGCUGCGUCUUCUAAGGCUUCUAAGGCUUUCAUCUUCUGGCUGGCGGCAAUCGCACAGAUUGUUUCUAUUGCUGCGGCCUCUAACGUCCUGUCAGGUUGGUUCUGGUGUUGGGCUGCUUCGGUUAGACUUAACCUGGUGUUUGUGGGAGUUUCCAGCAAGGCCAACCUGUCGGACCAAGUCUCCCGAGGCGACUGGGAGAUCAUGAGCGUGAGUGAGUGGUCGUUCCGCGCUAGAGUGGAAGUUCUGCGGACCGACCAGUUCGCCUUUUCGAGGCUUGAGCAGGAAGUGGGUCCUUCUGAGCAGCUGAAGGGGCUUGAACUCAUUGCUCCGAGUCUUAGCCUGCGCUGUCUGUCAGGUGACGGCGGCGGUGCACACGUGGAGGAGAACUUCAGACAGGGCCCCAACACCUCUGCCAUCUUCCGCAGCUGCCGGGCGGGACGAGAUGGUGGCCUCGAUGCCUGGAUUAACUACCAACAGGAAGCCGGGAGUUCGGUGCUGUUCGAGAACUGCUCGGCAGAUCGCGCUUUGGCCGUCGAGAACGUAGGUGACGGCGGGGGUGCUGCUUUCUUGGAAAACUUCACACAGGGCCCCAACAGCUCUGCCAUCUUCCGCAGCUGCCGGGCGGGACAAGACGGAGGCGGUCUUUACGCCAAAGGCGGCUACCAGCAGGACGCCGGGAGCUCGGUGCUCUUCGAGCACUGCUCGGCAAAACGCACCUCGGCAGUCGAGAACGUAGAUGAGCUGACGUGGCAGAUCCGAACGCGGUGCGCGAAGAUGCAUGAG